CAUCAAUAAAUGCUAUAGUGAGUACUGUGGGUGCGGGUUGAACGGUCGCGGUUCGUCGGGUUGCGCUUUGUCCGAACGUUUUAAAUUGAACCUCAACUUUUAAUUUACAAUAUGAGCAUUGAUGCACUUCUACAAGCAGCGGAAUUCUUGGAGAGGAGAGAAAGAGAAGCAGAACAUGGAUACGCAUCCUCAUUACCUAUGCCGGAUGAUCUCAAAUCUAUGGCGAAGAGGCCAAAGACGAAAAAAUCUUACGGGGGCAGUGGUUACAGGGAGAAGCAUCAUAGCAUAAGCAGCAGCAGCGGUAUUAGCACGGCGAGCAGCAGCAGUAGCAGCAGCAGUAGAGGCGACCGCGACCACCACCACCGCCACCGGCGUGAUAGCGAAAGCUACCACCGGGAUAGCACCAGCAGCGGCUCGUUCCGGAGGUCCCUGUCACCCGGCGAUAGAACAACGCAUAACGAGCUGGAAAAAAACAGGAGGGCGCACCUGAGGAAUUGCCUGGAGAAGCUGAAAGAAAUCGUCCCGCUGGGAAAUGACUCUGCCCGGCACACCACGCUGGGGCUGUUAACCAAAGCCAAAAGCUUCAUAAAGACCCUGGAGCGUCAGGAGCGGAAGAACUCGUCGCACAAGGACCAACUGCGGCGGGAACAACGCUACCUGGGCAGACGCCUGGAGCAGCUGGGCGGCUCGUACGCGACGGCCCUGGCCAUGCACGGCAUGCAGCCGACCAACGUGUCGAAGCGGCGGUCCGUCAGCGAAUGCUCCACGUCCACCGUGUCGUCGACGUCCUCGGUGUCGUCGUCCGUCUCGUCCAUUUCGGAGUCAGAUGAAGUGGACGUGAUCGGAUACACGAGCACCCAGAGCGACACAGACGACCACUCAAGCGUCCAGAGUGCGUCGAGCGACAGCGGGGUCACCAUGUCCACUUCACGACUCACUUUGUCGGAAAUGGAAAUGGUCUAGGGGGAAGUGACAAUACCAUGAGAUGGGCGCGCUGCAGAGAUCUGCCGCUCCGCACCAACGUACUACAGUAUAUUACAACACAUCUGUCUAGUCAGCUGCAUGCCUGCAAUGCCUUUACAAUGUAAAUUAUUUACUAUGUAAAUUGUACAUAUUUUUUUAAAGAAUAUAAAUCUUUAUAUUUUAUCUGCAGGUCAUGACCCUCCCAGAUUUUGAGGUCAGAUUCUUCUGAUCUUAUUUUAUUUCUUUGAUAUUAGUUAAUGACUUUUUCUUUUCCUUCUUUUCUUGCAUGAGGGAAAAGAAGCAUGCCCCGUAGGUUGUCAUAUAAGAUUUGUGUAAGCAUGCAGCGCUCAGGCAGAUCUUUUGCGGCAUCCUCCGUCUCGGUGUCGACAUAUUUUUUUAUUGUUUAAGAUAAGUUUAAUAAUGCUGUGACAUGAAGGAUUGACUUUAUCCUCAAAAUGAGACAUGUCUCGCAAGAACAUGACUCACUAAACUGAACAAAGAUUGUUGGAAACAAGGGCCGGAGGCAAAGUUACGCUUGUGUACAGCCGUUUGACAAAAGACGCACACAAGUCAAGUCUAGUUCUUUGGGAUUGAGUGUUUCUGCUGCAGGAAAAUUUUAAACAAAACAAACAAAAAAAUGAACAAAACAUAAAAUUUUGCUAAAUAAAAAAAAGUAUAUUGUAGAUGGUGGAAUUUGUGAAUUGUACUGAACAGUGUUGUGCUUUAUCUAGAUACAGUUGUCUAGGUAAAUAUCUGGUUGGCGUGUUGCUCUCCAGCAUUUUUAUCUAGGUAAAUUAAUUGAUAAUUUUGUCUCUAUCUUCAUCUAGAUAAAAUAAAAUUGUGUUAUAAAGUCUAGAAUCAUUACUAAUGCCUCAGAAUAACAGUAGUCUGGUUAUUUUCUUUUACUUUUAUUGUUUCAAACCUAGCCAUUUCUCUUUUGUAGGUUGAUUAUUAACUGUCAAUGGCACACGUUCUACAUUUGUCAUAAAUUAUUUCUAGAGGUAUAUAAGAUGUUUGUAGCCUUGACUUAUAAUGAAUUCUGUCUGAGGUAUUACGUAGGUAGGAAACCAUUGUCUUUUAUCUAGAUCAAAAUAUGGAUAAUACUUACGUUAUCUAGAUAAUAAAAAACAGGUGGCUCUUGUCUUAUCUUCAUCUAGAUAAGUUGGAAGUGUUAUCUGGCACAACAUUGAUACUGAAGAUGUUAAAGUUUGACAAUUUAGUGCAAGCAGUUCACUGCAUUGUGUGUGUGCCAGAUCUCCCUCCCUCUCUGUUCAGUAGGGAAAUAAAUACUUUAAGGAGGAUGAAUUACUGUAAAAUAAAACAUCGUAAAGCAUUCAAAGAGUACAAAUUCUGUAACAAGACCCUUAUGAUAAAUGGGUAAUUUUUUUUUCAUGUUUAAUUUUUGUGAACGUGGAAGUUUCAGCAUGUAGUCUAUAUCAGACAAAAGUUAUUAUUUUUUCCCUCUCCUUGUCCUUUUUAUUUCCAUCUUAUUUCUUCCUCACUUUUUUUUUAUUUAGGUUUAAGGGUAAAUUAAAGUGAUGAAAUUGCUACAUGCUGAAACAGUUCCAGUGUUUAGGACUGAUAGCAUCAGUUUGAGGAGAAUCUGUAUUGUAUGAGAGACUGACAUAUUGGCGUGAGAGAUGUACCACAGACCAUGUGCUGUUGGCAUCAGCUCUGAACACCAUUGCUGCCCCCAGUAGACCAGACUGAUUGUCCCUAACUUAUUUGUUCCAUGCAAUUUGGCUCGUUCCAAUGUUCCUUCCUUGGAGAUUCUUACCUGUGUAAUUCCCUCUCACUCUGUACAAUUUUUAAUCAUUUUUCACCUGUUUGUAAGUUUUUAUCUUUAUAGCUUCUUCUAAGGCCACAUAGUUCCUGUUGUGAUUUCUCAAAGUCACUCAUAUGUUUAAAGAGUUAUUUCUUUUUUUUUCUUUCUUAAAAUUUAGUACUUUGUACAAUGUAACCGUGAGAGAUGUACAUACAUUCGUGUUCUGUGAACACUUUUGAGAAUUUCCAGGCUUCUUCUAGGCAGUUUACUAUUGGUUCGUGCCAUGUAUUCCAUAUGCAGGUUUCUGGGUGGCGCUCGAAAUGGUGUUUAGCAGUGUAUGUGGAUGUGGUGCAUGAGUUUAGGUGACUGAUCUGAUUCCCACAGUAUUUUAGUUGUCAGCUGUACAGUAAUUAAUGUUCUGCUUCUCUUAGCCCACAAACAGCAUUCUUUCUUGACACUUUGUCCACCAACGGAAAGUGAACUUUUCUUUUCCCUGACAAAUUCCACUCAAAAAAUAAUAAAAAGAUAUUGGACAAAGAAAAUAAUAUAUUUUAAAGGUGGUUAAAACACGUUUAACUACAUUUAUUGUAAAUGGCACACUUAGUAUUCUGUUUCAUUGAAGUAUUUUAUGCAUCUGAUUUUAAAAUUUAAUUUACUGCAAAUUGAUUUUAGACAAAGGUAACAGAUGUUUUAGCUGCAAUGUGAUAACAGGAACAUAACAAUGGAUUGUAUGAACUUCAAGUUCCUUUCACCGCAGGAAAUUUGCUUGGGGACUAUGUAAAUUAAUACCAGUAUUGUGGCAUGAUUGGAAAAAAAAUUUAAAAAAAUAUUCUGUCCCCUUCAAUUGUCUGUUCAAAUUGGUGAUUUAUUUGUGGUUUAACUAGUUACUCCUUUCCCUCUUGUGCUUAAGGUAUAUCAUUCAUUUUGUAAAGUGUGAUGUCUGUAUAAACAAUUCAGACAAAUAAAUUUGACUCUGCUCAAGUAAUGAACUUGUUCCCUGUCUUUGCAUGGUAGGUCUUUGAAGGUGGCAUUUUCAGCUUGCGUAGACUCUCUAGAACCUUCUUUUAAUUUUGUUUUUGUUAGUAAAGCAUGUAUCUAAACAUCACCUGAUUAAAGUUAUUUGUAAAUUGUGAGGAAAGCAUCAACUGGGGCUCUUAAAUAAAUUUGUCAUGAUA